AUGGUGUUUUUUGGCUAUAUGGUAUCCAGUGUAAUAUUUGGGCACUUAGCUGAUAGAUACGGCCGCUGGAAGGUUUUAUUCAUCUCUUUCGUCUGGGGAGCGUAUUUCUCCUUGCUAACAUCAUUUUCCCCUUCGUACAUCUGGUUUGUCUUCCUCCGGACCAUGGUGGGAUGUGGUGUGUCGGGUCAUGCUCAAGGGCUUAUAAUACAAACAGAAUUUUUGCCAACAAAGUACCGGGGUUAUAUGUUGCCAUUAUCACAGGUGUUUUGGUUGGCAGGCUCCUUACUAAUUAUUGGGUUGGCAUCGGUAGUUAACCCAACCCUUGGAUGGCAGUGGCUGGUACGAAUUGCUUCAAUUCCAGGCAUAGUCCUCAUCCUAGCAUUUAAGUUCAUCCCUGAGUCUGCUCGGUAUAACGUGUCUUGUGGAAAUGACAACGGUGCCCUUGCAACGCUGCAUUGGAUUGCUAAGAUGAACCGUUCUGUUAUGCCUGAAGGAAAGUUGGUGGAACCUGUUGAAGAAAGAAGGGGUAGAUUCAAAGAUCUUUUGAAUCCCAAAUACUUACGAACAACUCUGCAAAUAUGGAUUAUAUGGCUCGGAAUAGCUUUCGCUUAUUAUGGAGUCAUCCUGGUGAGUGCAGAGUUGCUGGAGAAGGAUUUGGCUUGCGGAAGAGGAGCUGGAGAGGAGGGGUUGGGCCAUCGUUCUGAGGAGAUCCAGAGCCCUUGUCUCUGCCACCUGUUUGCUCCGUCUGAUUACCAGAUCAUGUUCAUCAGCACGGUUGGCGAGACUGCAAUAAAUCCUUUAAACAUUCUUGGCAUCAAUUUCCUGGGAAGGCGACUGAGCCUGACGAUAACGAUGGGAUGCACUGCAGUGUUCUUCCUUCUCCUGAAUGUAUGCACUUCAACUACGGGCCUUAUCAGUUUUCUCUUCCUGUUGCGUGGCUUUGUCUCUGCAAAUUUCAAUACCAUCUACAUUUACACAGCUGAGGUUUAUCCAACAACAAUGAGAGCUCUGGGACUGGGGACCAGCGGUUCCCUAGGUCGCAUUGGUGCCAUGGUGGCACCUUUUAUAGCACAAGUGCUUCUGAAUGCCUCUUUCUUGGGAGCACUUUGCCUUUUUGCUUUGGUUUGUGUUUUGUGCGCUAUCUCUGCUUUCACUCUACCCAUAGAGACCAAAGAAAGAGCACUUCAGCAAAUGAAAUGAUGACAUGACCACUUGAAAGAGAAAAAUGUAAGAGACUGUUAUAUUGUAUCUGCCCAACUAAGUCCAUUUCUGGAGAGUAGUUUUCCGCCAACAUGUAUUAAAAUAUAAUAAAGACACACAAUUCAUUUUAAUAAACCAGACUCAUUUCUAUUACCUCAAAAUAAAUGUAAUCUUUGCAUUGUGCAAAUGAAAAAAAAAUUGUCAGUGACCAAUAUGACGACUAAUUACUGUGCUUUCUCAAGAUUGGGUUACUGUCGAAUGACUUGUCUUAUUUAUGCAAGCCAACGUUGCGGU